AACUAACAACAAAAAGAGCAACACUCGGAAAAUAGACACACAAAAUAUAGUAUCUAUAUUUGUAUGUUUCAAUGUGUGCAAUUGUGUUUGUGUGCGAGUAAAGACGUUAUGUUUUUAGCACUCAUAACAAAUUUUAAGCAAUGCCGCGUAAUUUAGGUCCUGAUUCGGGCCUUGUGGAUCUAGGCGUUGUGUGCCUGAUAUGUUUGCGCGCGGAGCCUGGAUAUUGUUCAAUUUAUGGUCAAGAUCUGGAGACACCUCAUAUGCAAAUUGUGGAUAAAAUCCGUAGUUGCAGUGCAUUGCAGUUGGAGAGGCCGCUCCUCGCACAGCUGCCCGACAAGAUCUGCCAUGGAUGCCGCAACGAGCUAAGUAUCACCUAUCGCUUCCAACAGAAAUGCCGAGAAGCACAAAAGAUAUUCCAAUCGGCAGCUUCGGCCACACAGCUUGUGGACGUGGAUAAAUUGUUGUUGGAGCAAACACAACAUCUCAAGUUGCCAUCCGGUCUCCGAGUGAAGCGUCUGCCAGCUGAGCCUACAGCCAAGAAAGAAAAGUAUUAUUGUGACGAUGAAGAUGUUGCCGUAGUAAAUGAUGUGGAUGUUGAGGUGCAUGCACUCAUGAUUCCGCCAGACGAUAGCGCAGCAGCACUGAUGCUGCAAGAUGUAGCCAGUAUCCCAUCAGAUUCUGAGGAAGACAAGGUCAUUGCACUGGAUAUGGAUUGGGCUGCCGAGCAAACGGUGCAGCAGCAGGAGCAACAGCAACAGCAUCAGCAGCAGCAACAGCAGCAGCUCCAUUGUGAAUCGGAGCAGGACAACGAUCUGGAGGUGGAUCAGGAGUUCGUGCAUGAACAAGAAUUGGAACAAGACCAGGAGCAAGACCAGCAGCAGGACGACGAUGAUCAGGACUACAAGCUGACGGAGGAGGAGUACUUGCCGACACAGACCACUCAGUGUGCUCCAGUCAACAACAACAGCGAUAGUAGUAACAACAACAAUAUCAAUGGAAAUGGAGGCAGUGCAGCAGUCAAUGUCAGCGGAGUGCGACCACGUCGCCCUACAGAGCCAAAGAUCUGUGACAUCUGCGGCAACACAUACAAGUAUCAGCAUGCGCUCAAUGCGCAUAUGCGCCGGCAUAACAACGAUCGGCCAUAUCCGUGCGAAGUGUGCCAGAAGGCGUUCAUUUCGAACGUGGAGCUGCGUCGUCACAUGCGUGUCCACACCGGACAGAAGCCGUAUGGCUGUCUCUACUGCGAACGUCGCUUCUCCGACUUUGGCAGCAGCAAGAAGCACGAACGGAUUCAUACCGGGGAGCGUCCAUAUAUCUGUGAGGUGUGCAAUAAGGGAUUCGCCUAUGCUCAUGUGCUGUCCGUGCAUCGGCGCGUGCACACGGGCAAAAAGCAAUUUCAGUGCACGCAGUGCGACAAGGGAUUCACCAAGAAAUCCUAUCUGGCCGCGCAUGUAGCCCAGCAUGUGAAGCAACAGCCGGUGGUGAGUCCAGGCUCGGCAAUAUCACUGCGACUGCCCACGCGCAAGCGACAGAAGCAAAGGGGGCAGCACCAGAAGCUACAGCAUCAACAGGAACCGCAGCUGCGAAAACAACAACAACAACAACAGCAGCAGCAGCAGCAGCAACAGCCCCAGCAACAAUCACAAUUGCAUUACAAUGACCGCGAUUUGGCCGUUGGAGACGAUGAUUCCUAUGAUGAUGAUAAUGUCAGCGUUGGCAUCGGAAUGACCAAUCUCAACCAGGCGGGCGGCGAACAGGCCAAAGUGCUGGAGGAGUGCAUUGUCACAAAUGAUUUCAUGUUCAACGACGAUGAUGCGGACGAUGCUGAGCAGAAUCUGGACGAUUAUCAUGAUACACAGCUGGACGAUAGCGAAUUCCAGAACGUACAGGAUGUUAAGGUGCCGUUCGGGCUUGUUAGCGGUCUACUCGAUGCCGAUGAACUUGUCAGCGAUACCAAAUACUUGAUGGAAUAGUUUUAUUGCCUCUGCCCAUGCCCCUGCCCCUGCCCCUGCCCUUGCACUCGCAACACCAAUUACCCAAUCCAAUUGACCCACCUUUAGGUCUUAAGAACGCGUGCAAAACAAAUUAGUCUAGAGCUCAUCAGCUGUGUAAAUAAAGUCGAGUUGGCAACGGUUUCCAACAUAUAGUCAAAAACAGAAACAGAAG